AUGACAACCAAUUCUAGUUUUGAGAAAACUCAAAAUGAUCAAGUGUCGGUACAAACACAACCAAUUUCUACAACACGGACCAAUGACAGUAAUAAUACAACUUCGCAAGUAAAACCUACGAAAAAAUUUGUUGUUGGUACUGACGAUGGGAUCGAAGACAACAACACUGAAGUUAAAGAAACAAGUCCUCGGGAAGCUUUAGAGUUAUCUAAUGAUUCAAAGGAAAUGGUUGAAAAUCAUCGAGAUACAAAAGCAAGAUUUUAUAAACCUUACCCUGCUGAAGAAGUUGUAAAAGUAGUAGAAGAAAGAAUGGCACAACAAUCACAACAAUCGCAACAAUCGCAACAAAACCAACAAAGUGACGAAACAUCACAUGAACCAGCAACUAAAAUUAAAGAAUCAUCUUCAUUACCUCGAGAGAAAGAUAAUGAAGUUGAAAAAAUUGUAUCAACAGAGCAACCUAAUCAACAAUUACAAGAUAAAAAGAAUAAUAUUGAGAUUAAAGAAGAAAAUAAUUCUAAUCUUAUAGAGACUGAUCCUCGUUUUGCACAAAGUACAAUAACGCUGCCACCUUCGCCACCCCCACCACGUCCACCAACUCCACCAAAUAAUAAUAUCAAUAAUAAAAAAUUUAGACCUAUUAGUUCUCAGUUAUAUACACCACCGAAUGAAGAAAUUCCCGAUGCAUCACCUGUCAAUUCGAAAAACUUUGAUAUAGGAAUUCAAGCUGAUUCAUAUUCUAUUUCACCUCCCUUGCUUGAUGAUUCUUAUUCAUCCGAAUCUCUUAAUUAUCCACAUCAGCCUCGAUUUUUACCUCCAAUCAAUAGUAUAUCACGUACACAACAAAAAUUAUUGCUUCAACGUCAACAUUUUCUUGCAGAUGAUGAAAAUUAUUUAAUUCACCCACGUAAUCAAUUGAAAUUAACAAAAGUUAUUGAGAGAAUAAAUCGAGAACAUGCAGCAAUAUUACUUUAUCGAGAUCCAAUACUUGAGAGUUUUCAGAGAGCAUUUACAAGAUACGCACAAGAUCAUCCAGAAGUAUUAGAAGAUGAUUUUGGUGCAGGAUACGAAGAUUCAAAGGAAUGGGGGAUACUAUCAGAACAAGGUAAGGAUGUUGAUCAAUUAGGAUCUGGUGCUAAUAAUGCUGCAGGUGCAGAAGUAUUAGCAGCCGAAAAUUUGGCGUUCCGAGGAAGGAACUAA